UGAAAAGCGGUUGGCAUCGCUUUGCAGGUCAGUGUUCGCCUGUCUUUCACCCCUAGUAUGUACGUUCUGCCUAUCUGGUAACGUCAUGACUCAUGUAAAUGAUGGGGAGGCAGAAAAAUGCCUGAAAGAGCCCAAAAAGGAAGAGGUAGAAUCUGCGACCGAAGUUGCAGCUUCAAUUUUUGAUCUAAGAUUUGAUCCUUCGAAUAAAUCUAACAAAAACACACAAAAGAAAUUGUAUCCUCAGAUUCUUGCCUGUAUUGCAACCGCAUCAUUUCAUCUACCAGUGGGGAUUGUAGUCGCUUAUUCUGCAAUCCUUAUUCCACAGCUUGAACACUCACAAGAAAUCCCAGUUACAAAAGAGCAAACAGGAUGGAUUGCAAGCCUGCCUGUCAUGGUAGUGCCUAUCGGAGCUCUACUCACUGGCCUAUGUAUGGACAAAAUCGGAAGGCUUAACACGAUAAGAGUUGCCUGUGUUCCUUACAUUAUCGGAUGGAUUUUAAUUGCCCUUGCGGACAACAUAUGGAUGUUAUAUAUAGGAAGGUUUCUCACUGGAUUUACUCUUGCAAUGGGUCCAAGUCCAGCUAUCGUUUAUAUCACAGAAGUGGCAAGACCUGAUCUGAGAGGAUCUCUCAUUUGUACGGGACCAUCUAUGACAAGUUUUGGGAUGUUGUUAAUUUACAUAAAGGGAGCAAUGCUGUAUUGGCGAACAGUUGCAUGGUUGGGCAUUGCCUACUGUAUACUUCCGAUAUUAUUUAUGUUUUUAUGGGCUCCAGAAAGCCCAGUAUGGCUGCUUUCAAAAGGAAAAAAAGAAAAGGCUCUGAAAAGCUUUAAAUUCUUAGCACGAGCUGAUGAAGACGAUGGAAUUGCCGAACGACAAGUUGCAUCCGUUUUAAAAGAGAUAGUUUCCAAGAGAGCAAACGUGGAUAAAGAAGAUCCAUUGAUUACUAGGUUUGUCCAAGGUUUCAAAAAGCCAACAGGGUAUAAACCCCUGUUCAUCCUCGUUAUGCUAUUUUUCUUCCAACAGUAUGCAGGGAUAUAUAUCACAAUAUUUUAUGCUGUCACAUUCUUUGAGGAAGUUAACAGUGGUUUGGAUCCAUAUGUAUGCACAAUAAUGAUUGGUUUGAUUCGCAUGUUAGUUGGUCUUGUGACAUCAGUUCUACUUAAAAGAUACGGAAGAAGGAUUUUAUGCAUAUCCAGUGGCCUUGGAAUGACUGUGAUGCUAACGAUUUCUGCUUAUUAUACAAGACUGAUAGCUAUAGGUGAAUUAUCGUCAAGUUGGAUUCCUGUAGCCUGUAUGUUGAUGUACAUGUCUCUGAGUGUAAUCGGUUUGAUGUCAAUUCCAUGGACGAUGACUGCUGAAUUGUUUCCAUUGGAAAUACGAGGGCUGGCCCAAGGCCUUGUAGUAUCUCUUGCUCAUGUAAUUAUGUUUUCAGCAUUAAAAAUUUAUAGAACGUUGCCAGAUCUGCUUGGAGGGUCCUGGGGUGUCCAGUUGCUCUUUGCUUGUAUGUCUCUAGGAUCUGUACUAUUUGUGUACAUCUUUUUACCAGAGACCCACAUGAAAAAACUGUCUGAUAUUCAGAAUUAUUUCAAUUACAAUACUAUAUACCUCAGAGCAAAGAGACAUUCAACAAAUAACAAUGGAUCACAUGUGAUAUAGAAGUUAUUUUUGUACUGAUUUAUCUUUGAUUGAUAAUUAAUUCAAUUAUAAAUGUACUUAUAUAUUCAAAGACCCCAUCAAUACUCACGAGUAUCAUUAACAAUUUUAACUCAUGUCAUUUAAAAGGGACCUGAAAUUUUUAUGCUAAAAAAAUUAAUUAAAAUAAAUACGAAAUUAUUUUAUUGUAUCAGA